UACUCAUUUUAGUCAUUUGUGAAUGCUCUUUGAGAUGAAAGUCGUCUUUUCUUCGUGAUUUCUACGUAUUGGCGUUAGUAUUCAUGAUUAAAUCUGUAAAGUUAUGGAUUUCUGACAUCUUGAUGUUGUGAAGGACUCAUUUUUGGAACAGCAGUUCUCGUAGUAAACAAUGUAUACACCGAGACAAUGUGGGGUAAAAUAUGAUCCCCCAUCUCUUAUUUUGUACUAUGUCAUCAACGCUACAGGUAAAGUUCAUCGACGGUCAAUGCCCCUCAGAGAUUUCUCAAUCCAUAGCAAUUUGGAUGAAACAGUAGAAAAACUGAAAAGUGGCAGGCACAAACAUUACUUAGAAAAGAUAUCUUCAGAACAGAUUCAUAGGUUACUUUCAAAAAUUCAAGAACAACUGCCUCCAGAAAAUAACAACAAAGUAUUACAAAAUGUUCAAGAUGAGGAUUUGAAUAAACUUAGCGAUAAGGAACUUAAUAAAAGAAAAGCUGAAAUGGAUCAUGUGUUUGAGGAACAUCGAGUAAAGCCUGGGGAUGAGGGUUUUGAAUAUAAUGUUGAGGUUGAAUUUGAAGGUGGAAAAUACAUUUCUGGUUGGGAUUCAGAUGAUGGUGAUUAUUCUGACCCUGAAUUUUAGAAAAUUUAUAUGUUAAUUUGACAAUUUUGAGUUUUGUAUUACCAACAAAGCUUUGCUCAUUUUUAAAAAAUCAGGCUCAUUGUGAAGCUUUUGAAUUCACUUGCUUAACUUGGAAAGUUUCCCUGCAAAAUGACCAACGAAAACGAAAAAAACGAAGUCAACCAAGCAAAAAUGCAUCUAAAAGAUUCCAAAGUGAUGUUUCCUUUUCGUAAUUAGUAAUUAGAACAUUGCUCAAUGUUCUAAUUGUGACUUAGAAAUGAAAAACUUCCAACUGAAGUCGGCUUGCAUCAAAUUGGACAACGUUUUCUAAAUUGAAAAAUACGACAAAUUUUUUUCUUUGUAGUCAUAAAAUGAUUCAAGGUAUUUUUGUACGUUGCUUUGUAAAUUUAAAUGUUUAAAAACUCCAAGUAUAUAUAGCAAAGUUUUAAGAAUUUUCUUUUGAAAUACGUGAUUGGCAGUAAAAGGAAAUCAUCGCCACACCAUGAACAGCAAUUUCCACAUUAGGUAAUAAUUUCACGAAAAAAAAUUGACAUUAAAAUAGUUUUAUAAUAUUUAUAUUUUGAGGACAUGUUUAAAUAUUUGCAAUUGUUAUGACUGGAAAAACGAAUAUUAUUACACUCGUUUUUAAUGCUUAUUGUGCCAUUGAAUAUUCUCAAAAA